AUGGAGGUCGAAAUCCCGGCAAUUCACCCGGCGGUCGCCGUCAGGGCUCCCCGCGAGCCACUCAUUCUCAUCGAUGCACCGACAUAUCCACCCGAUGCCGGCGAAGUCAUUGUGAAGGUUGAAUGGACUUCUUCGACGCCUUAUCAUCUGCACCAGGCCGACGGAGGAUUAUUGAUCGACAUGUUCCCCCGCAUUCUUGGCGACACCUUCGCAGGGACGGUGCUUAUGGUUGGCCCCGGCCCGCAUCAUGUCGAUCUCGAGGUUGGCGACAAAGUUCUGGGAUACUCCUUCCGCGACGUCAAGGAUGGCAAAGAGAAGGCUGCACAGACGCUCAUCACUGUACCGACAUAUUUGCUCGGCAAGAUGCCGCAAGGCUUGACCAUGCAAGAGGCUGUCACUGUUCCCGACAACAUUGUCACCGUUUUCCAGGCUGCCGUCAUGGAUCUCGGCCUGCCGCUGCCGUGGCCUAUUCCCGAAGGGUGGACCCCUCCGGAGGCCGACGCGCCGAUUUUGCUUUGGGGCGGGGCCGGGUCCGUGGGAAUGUACUCCAUCGAAGUCUUCCGGCAUUGGGGAUACAAGAACCUCGUCGUUGUCUCGAGCAAGAAGCAUCACGAGUAUUUGAAGUCACUCGGCGCCACCGUCUGUUUCGAUUAUCGAGACAAGCACGUUGUCGAUGAAAUCCGAGAGUACCUUGGGCCGCAAGGUGUGCCCUACGUGAUCGACUGCAUCGGACACUUGACGGGGUCAUUACGGCACAUCACAAAACUGGCGGACGACGGCACCAAAGUUGCUGUGAUGCUGCCGGUGGUCAUCAGUGACCCGACAGAAAUUCAAGCACCUGUCUAUCAGAUGACGGAGCCAGCGGAAGGACAGUGGAAGGAGGGUGUCAUUGUCAAGGGGGUUCGAACGCAUUUUUAUCUCAAGGUGAGAUACAUGCAUUCCGAAUCUGAACAAUAUUUCCAUACUAACAUCGAACAGAACCAACUCUUCAAAGACAAGAUGCAAUGCGAGAUCAUUCCGACGUUACUCGAGCAGAAGGUCGUGCGGCCGAACCCUCAGAGGAUAGUGGAAGGCGAGACACUGCUGGAAAGGGCACAGGAUGCGAUCGUGCUACUGAGAAACAAGGCAGUAAGUGGUGAGAGACUGGUUUGGCGAGUUUCUGAAGACGAUGCGGUAGUUUAA